AUGAACGAGGUGGAUGCUUACAGCACGGAGACCAACGAUACGGUGGAAUGUGGCGUGGAUGAAGACCUAGUCAUACCUCGCCGGGAUGUUGAUACUGGAUUCGAUAUGCGUGUAUAUGAAUCGGUAUUCCAGACUUUAGAUGACACCGUCGAUCACCCGGAGACCACCAUUGCCAAUUCUGACAAUGACAUAGAAUUAACGCUGCCGUCUUCUCUGCGCAAUCCAGGUCGUCGCAUGCAACUCACCUCCUGGAAUAACCCCGGUUCACUGUUAAUCGAGCACAACGCCAUUGCCCCGUUUUGCCGGCGUCCAACACAACUUGAUAUCAACGUGUUGAUCGAGUUCCCCUUUCUUGACAACUUUACUAAGGCGACUGGCUUUGUGAGCUCAUUUGGCUGUGGCACCAAGCAGCAAAGACUCUCCAUCACACUGGACCCAAUCAGGGCGAACCCGAGCGAGAACGCCUCACCUAGGGAAGAAAAAAUGCUAAACACGGCUACGCACUGGGUUGAGAUCGCCCGAAACAUGCUGGUUCAAGGGAGUGAGGACACAGCUGAUCCAGGUGUGUCACUGUACGUGACGCAUAGGAUAGUUGAUCAAAUUCGAGAGACAGCAAUAAAACAACAUCACCGCGGUUCUGCUGGCAUCCACUGGUCGACUUCCGUAGAAGCCCUUUGUUACGAGUUCUUCAAUCCGAAGAACCUAGACAAGUGUUUAGCGCUCUUUUGGUCUUGCUGGUAUCCGAACUGGCCCACGAUACAUGCACCGACUUUCAAGAUGGCAGAGAAGUCGCCGUCACUCAUUGCUGUAAUGGCUCUUGUUGGUGCUUGCUUGUCGGCGGAAGAUCGCGUUGGCGCCUCAGCUCAAGUCUGGUUUGACUUGGUCGAGGACCUCGUAUACAGUGAUGCCGCUUUCGACGAUCAGGACAUUUCGAACACGUGGAAGGAACCAACAGAUACUGAUCGUCGAGGCGCACACCUGCAAACUCUCCAAGCCGCUUACUGUGUUUGCCUAUAUCAGACUUGGGAGGGAAGUAAGCGGAGUAAAAGACGCGUUCUGCGGCAAAGGUCUAAUGAUCUCGUUUAUGUGAGUGAUCGCUAUCACUAG